AUGCUGUCCUCGCCCACGGUCAUACUCCAACCUUAUGGACUGCCGGUCUAUCCGCAGACGACCACAUGCUACCCCAGCAUAGUACAGGGGGCCCCCACUCAGGAGGCGGGCCCCGGCGGCGCCGACCCCACCCUGCCUCAAGUUUACGCCGCGGCCCCUUCCUACCCAGCCCCGGGUCAAGGGCCCCCGACGUCCGCGGGCAGGCUGCCGGCUCUGGAUUUUAGCGCGGCACACGCGAGUUCCGAGUACCCCGAGCACGCCCAGCUCAGGGUGUAUCAGGGCCCUCAGCUGGAGGGGGCCGAGCCUCUAGCGACCGCCAGCACGGAGGAAGUAUUGGCCCCUGUGACCUCAGACCCCCAAGUUCUGAGCGCAACUGUGACAUCCGGCGGCAGCGUAGGCAACGGUAGCGAUGACGAGGGGUCCGGUAAAGCCCAGCCCAAACGGCUCCACGUGUCAAACAUCCCGUUCCGCUUCCGGGACCCUGACCUCCGCCAGAUGUUUGGGCAAUUUGGAAAGAUCCUGGAUGUAGAGAUUAUCUUCAACGAAAGGGGGUCAAAGGGAUUCGGGUUCGUCACCUUCGAGAGCACAGCCGAGGCCGACAGAGCGCGAGAGAAACUGAACGGCACAAUUGUGGAAGGCAGGAAGAUUGAGGUCAAUAACGCCACCGCAAGGGUAGUUACCAAAAAGCCACAAACACCACUCGUGAGCGGCGACCUUUCAACUUCCGGGUGGAAAAUCAACCCUGUCAUGGGGGCCAUGUACGCACCAGAACUCUACACAGUUGCCGGUUUCCCGUACCCGGUGGCGGCGCCCGCUCUGGCCUACCGCGGCUCACCGCUGAGGGGUCGGGGUCGGACCGUGUAUAACGCCAUCCGCUCGGCGGCCGCCGCUCCCGCCGCUGUGCCCGCCUACCCAGGGGUGGUGUAUCAGGAUGGUCUCUAUGGAGCGGAGGUCUACGGAGGUUAUCCCGCUGCGUACAGGGUGGCUCAGUCAGCAUCGGCUGCUGCUGCUGCUGCAGCAUACAGUGACGGAUAUGGCCGCGUGUACGCCGCAGCUGCAGACCCCUACCACCACUCAGUGGGACCAACAACCGCAUAUGGCGUUGGUACUGUGGCCAGUUUGUACCGAGGAGGUUACAACCGCUUCACUCCCUACUGACGCCCGGCGCUGUGACCCGGACGCCGCGCGCAGGAAGUGACCGAACGGACCUGAAGUUGUAAAUAUUGUGUACUCGACUGUUCUCCGUGCCAACUCAUGCACAGCACAUGCAUUGCAGUAUUUAUGUAUUACAGUACAGUAUACGCGUGAAUUUCAAAGGGAGACUCAUGUUGCCAGAACGCCGCUGUGGCAGAUAUCCGGAUCUUUUUGCACAGGUCAAACUGUACAUUUUCAUAUGUUUGGAUGAUGUCCCUAUUUAUGUGUGAGUGUCUGUCCCCUUGUGCGUGUGUGUGACACUACUUCCACAAUGACUUUUUUUGUUCCGUUGCAGAGGUGACUGGAUUUGAUUGUGAUUUCAUUUAUUUUAAAUUUUCCUAACAAACUACCUCUUUCCUUUUUGCUUUUCUUCAUGCUCUCGCUGUGUGUGAUGUUUACCUCUUAAUAAAAACUCUUUUCCUCUCGCUUUCUUCUACAACUCUUUCUACCCCCCCAAUCUCAGAUUUCCCUUGUGACUCUCCUUUGUUUGCAGUGCUUGAAAAAAAAAAGGCUCCUUCUGGACCUUUCAAUCAAAAGGACUCAUAGUGAAACUGAAGCCUUUUCUUAAAAAUGUUCUCAACUUGUCUACGUCGAACAUACUUUCUGUUUAUGUACUUCUGAUCUAUGUAAGCUUCUACUUCUUCCCUAUGUAGUAAAUAGAUUAGAUAUUUUUUUAUCUGUUUUUCUUGCACUUAAUAGUCCGUGUCUUAGUUCUUUUGCAUGAUGCUUCAUUCUGCUUUCCUUUGCUUAGCUGCUUGAAAUUUGAGUUUCUUUCUAGUAUUUGCUUUUUUUUCUUGUUUCUUUCUGAAAUGGUUUCUCUAUUCCUGAAUGUCUUUUACAGCCUUUGUUUUGCUCUUCAGCUUUCUUUUUUCUUUUGUAGUUGUGGUUAGCAUUCAUAAAGCUAAUAAGCUUUUUGAAAGACGACCAGAGGUGUACGAGCAGUCCAAUUUGGGCACUCAAACUAUUGAAUGAGAAACUUGUGUCCGACCUUAUGACUGCGAGUGCAGCUUUUUUCGUUCAUCUAUUUAGAUGACCCAAUUUCUAGCCGUCGUUCGGCCUAUUUUUUGCUUUGACGUGCUGCAGUGUGGCAUACAGUGAAAUCAAUCUUUUCAACUUCAAGGUUUCAAGAUGUUUUAUGUUACUCCGAAUUCAAGUUUACUGUCCAACUAAUCAUAAAAUAAAGAUGUAGAGUUUUUAAGACAACCGUAUAACUUUGCCUUUUAAGUUUGACUUGGUUAAUGCUGACAUAUAGUAGCAAGUCAAAGACUAAUGAAUAGCAUCUGUGGCCAUUAAAACCGUUAAAGGAGUGGUACCCAAACUUUCUCUGAUGGGUCCGCCAUUUUUGGAGGGGGUUAAAAAAAAUAACAGCAAAAAAAAAAAAACAGGACAUACAUACACAUUUUUUAUUUAGUCUAUUGUCGCUUAUGUCAUCCAUUAUAGCAAUUACAAUGCGUAACAGAAACUGCAAUAGACUUAUUACAAUGUAACUAAUACAAACCAUCAAAAAAUAAACUGGCAUGAACUGCAGGUUGUAACAAGCGUUAUUGUUUUCAAGCACAUUGACUGUCAUUUUGUUCAGUCUAGCAGCAUUGUUUUGUCAAUAUGUAACAUUGUUAUUAAUGUAGUUCUCAUUCAUUCACCCCACCACCCGAACCCCCUUUAGGGGCACGCCCCCCACUUUGGGAACCACAGCUUUUAAGGAUGCAUGUAGACAAUGCAAUAUAGGCUUGUAUUGUAUAUCCUUCCCAAUAAAAAAAUACUGAGUCCCUACAAUGGUUGAAAAACUUAACGUGGAUAUUACACUGCAACACACUGGCCAAAUUCGAAACUCAAUUAAUCAUGUUUCACAACCGGUUAAUUCUUUACUUUCCAUUUGUUUCAGUUUGUAUAAAGUACAUCAUGGUGCAAUUUGUGAAAACUUUUUAGGUGCUCAUAUGGCAUUUUCCUCCAAUUUUAAAGGGGGAAGAUGAUUUGGAGUUAAACAGUGACAGAAUUAAACUCAUAUCU